AUGGAGGGAGCCAGCGUCACCGCCUUCGUCACUGUUCAGAAGAUCUACUACCCACUGCUGUGCAUCAUGGGUAUUCCAGCUAACCUCUUCACCUUCUACAUGAUCUGCUUCCGUAAAUGCGGGAUGUCUGACACCGCCAUCGUCUAUCUGAGCUGUCUGGCCAUCGUUGACACCUUCUACCUGGUGUGGGUGAUCCUUCUCGACCUGACCCUCACCUUCUGGAUUCUGCAGCCUUUCUGGCACUCCCACCCAAUGUGUGGCAUCAUGGGGUUCCUGCAGUACGGAUCUCUCUACAGCUCCUCCUGGAUCGUGGUGGUGUUCACCAUUGAGCGGUACCUGGUCUUACGCAGCACAGCGGCCAAGCAGCACUUCUCCCAGGCCCGAGUCACCAGACUGACCUGUGUGGGCAUCGUCCUGGUGUCCCAUCUGGUCUCGGUGCCGAUGGCCUGGAUCAACGUGGUCUCACCGGUGAACUUGACAGUGAACGGUGAGAACAUGACGCUGCCCAGGUGUCAUUACCGCGAUCAGGCCUACACCACCAUCAUAGUGUGGAUAGCCACCUUCCUCUCAGGGGGAAUACCCAUCGCACUGGUCAUCAUCUUCAACUACCUCAUCGGGUACCAUCUCAGCCGCGCUAGCAACCUCUUCACCAAGGAAGAGCGGCGCGUCAUGCACGGGAGGAGCACCAGAGGCAUGUUGAGGAGGACCAUCCUGCUGUUAGGAACCGUCUCCGUGGCCUUCGUGGUGCUCAGCCUUCCUAGAUUCGUCACCUACUGCAUCCUGAGGACCACGUACAACACUGAGAACUUUGACAGAAACGACUACAGCAUCCCCAUCAACGUGGCUGGAGACUUGGCCAACAUGCUGCAGAACCUCAACUCCACCACCAACUUCCUGCUCUACUGCAUGGUCAGCCGGCGCUUCAGGAGGGAGCUGGUCCACGUGGUGACCUGUAAGGAGAAGGCACGGGAGCUGGGCUCUAUGCUCACCCACACCACCAUGAAAGUCUUCUCUGUUGUGGAUCAUAAAACCAUGACAUCAAGUGACAACCGCCCAGUGGUGCUGACCAACCUCAAACAGACAGAAUAG